GACUUGAAGACAACUGCAAUGAAGCAUGAAGUAGAAGUCGACGACAAUGCCGACCAACCAGCCUUCGACAUAACUCCUCCUGUUGCAUGGUACAAAGAUGCAGGACUGCUCAAGCUCUAUGCCAUGACCAUCAUUCCUUUUCUCAGUGCUACAACAAACGGAUACGAUGGCAGUCUGCUGAACGGAUUACAAACAAUGGAGCCCUGGCAGAAUUACUUUGACCAUCCUAGUGGUAGCACUUUGGGACUGUUCAGCGCUAUAUUGCAGGUUGGAUCUUUCUCUGCCAUCUUCUUCUCUUCAUAUCUUGCGGAUCUUCUUGGUCGCAGGGCUGGCAUUACCGUUGGCAUGGUUGUUCUGCUGGUCGGCGUUGUACUUCAAGUAGUCCCAACAGUAGACACAGGCAUAUCGAACAUUGCACAAGGCUCAGCACCGCUGCUCAUCCUGGAACUUGCCCACCCAGCUCAUCGAGGCAAGGUUACAACAAUGUACAACACGCUUUGGUGUGUCGGUGCAAUUGUCGCCGCUUGGACUGUCUUUGGAACAACAUCUUAUACCUCAAGUGCUGCUUGGAGAAUUCCAACAGCUGUCCAGGCUGUCAUGCCGUUAAUUCAGUUGAUCGGUGGCUUGUUUCUAAAGACCGCCAUGAACAAGCUCUCAAAGUCCUCGCANAAAUACCAUGCAAACGGCAACGAACAAGAUCCACUAGUCCAAAGCGAAUAUCUCGAAAUCCGCGAGACCUUGCGUGUAGAANAAGAAUUCUCCUCGCAAGGUUGGAAAGGCAUGGUUUCCAACAAAGGCAACAGAAGACGCAUCACCCUCAUCGUACUCGUCUCCUUCUUCUCCCAAUGCUCUGGAAACGGACUGGUAUCUUAUUACCUCCACGAUAUACUCGAGAGCGUCGGCAUGACAGAUUCCUACGACCAAGCUCUUUUCAACGGAGGUCUCCAGAUCUACAAUUUCUUGGUUGCGGUACUGUUUUCGGUGCUGCUUGUUGACAAACUCGGUCGGAGAAAACUGUUUUUGAUUGCUGCGGGAGGUAUGUUGGUGACUUUUAGUGUUUGGACGGCGUGUUCGGCUGUGUACAGUCAAACCGGCAAUAAGGGAGCUGGAAAAGCAGUGUUGGCCAUGAUCUUCCUCUUCUACGGCAUGGCAGGUUUUGCGUGGCCGGGUUUGACGGUUGCAUACUCUGCUGAGAUCCUGCCGUACUCCAUCAGGGCCAAAGGAAUGGCGUUGCUUAUGGCCUUUCAAUCUCUUGCAUCGAGCAUCGCUUGGAAGUUCUACUUUGUCUACAUUGUCAUUCUGGUCAUUGAGUGUAUCGUUAUCUAUAUGUACUUCCCAGAGACCCGUGGACUUACUCUGGAAGAAGUCGGACAUCUUCUUGACGAUGAUAAUGAGAUGAGCGAUAUCGUUCACUCGCGCACUGAAAAGGUCGCUUCGAUCGAGUUUGCGCAUCACGAAGCGGUCAGAGAGGACAAGGAGGUGUAG